GGUGACGCCGUGAGGCGACUUUCCCAGUACACGGCGGCGGAGGCCUCGGAAUCGGGAUUGAUGUGUGAUGGCUUCCCUGCGGAAAGGGUCGUUGCGGCUGGUGCAGGUGACCGCCAACAACCUGCAGGGCCAGGUUGAUGCCUUACUAAAGAACAUUAAACGUCCUGAACAAAGAGAGGAAGCUUAUCAGAGUUGUCUUCAAUUAAAGCAAUCUGUUGAUGAAACUUUGGACACUCUGCACAAGUUAAAGAAGGCAAAUGAACUAACUCAUGUAAAUAAUUAUGAUCAGCGGAAACGAACCGAGGAGAGGCGACUGACAGGCAUGUCAGAAUUGCUUCGAGAAAUUGCUCGGAGACUAGAAAAGGAGAGUCUUAAGCAGAAAAUGGAUGAAGCUGCCAAGAACACAAUGGGCAGGGCCACUGCAGCAAAGCAGAGAAAUAAGAGUGAUGAAGAGGAUGAAGAUGCAGAAGAAGAUGAAAGUGAUAAUGAUGAAGACGUGGAAUCUGAUGAUAAUCAAUAUGCCGGUGAUCUAUUUAUUACCAUCAGUGACUUUCAAGCUCAGGAAGAACAUGAUCUGUCUUUUAAGAAAGGCGAGGUUAUAAGGAUCCUUAAUCAGAAUCCUGAUGGAUGGUGGCUUGGAGUUAAUGCUGAAGGAAAGGAAGGCGUAGUUCCCAAAACUUAUUUACAGGUAUAUAGCAAACAGAGUCAGGGAGCACUGGAUAAUAUUGAAGAUGAUGAGGAAGGUGAAGAUGAAGAUGAUGAAGAGGAGGAAGAAGAUGAAGAUGAGGAAGAAGAUGAAGAUGAGGAGGAAGACGAAGCUAAAGGACAAUACAUGAAAAGAAAAGUACAUGAAGUACAGAGUGAGGAAUCACGAUCACACAAGUUAGCUGCCAAAAAAGCUGUUUCAGAGAUUACUGCUGUUGAUAUGUUAGUGGAAAAGGGAGCCAUUCCAGAAGGUUUCAGAGCAUCUACUCUUUCACAGCUGUUAACAGAAGGAAACAAAUUCCACAUGAGUUACUUCCUGCAGCCUACAUUGACACAAUCCAAAUUGUACUUUAAAGACCUUCAUUGGGACCAAUCACAUGGUGGUGUUCGCCCAAAGAAGACGCACAUAGAACUAUUGUUUACACUAUGGAGCUGUAAAAUGAUUCCAUUGCCAGUGUCGGGUGUCCAGGUGCUAAGCAGACACGUUCGCUGCUGUCUCUUUGAUGGUUUAAAGAUUGUCAGUAAUAUACAUACCAUCAGAGCAACUUGGCAACCAAAGAGUCCCAAAACAUGGACCUUUUCUCCAAGAGUUACAGGUAUACUUCCCAGCCUGUUGGAUGGUGAAUGUUUUGUGAGGUCAAAUUCACAGUCUCCUGAUAUUGGUAUUCUAUUUGAAGUGGGCAUUUCCUAUAUUUAUAUUUCAACUGGUCAUCAAGGGGAAUUAAGCUGUGGCUGGGCUUUUUUGCCACUCUUUACGGCUGAUGGCACUGCUGUUCCUCACAGGACCUAUGAAAUUGUAUUAAAUGGUGGAACACCUUAUGAAAAAGGCUUGGAAGUGGAUCCAGUGCUCUCUAGAAGAGCUAACUUUUUUGAACAGAUUAUUGCAUCCAGGAAGCAACCUAAACUCCUAGUGAAGCUGAAGGCACCAUCUGGUCAAAUGAGACAUAGCCUGAACUUGCUUCCAGAAACACUGGUUGGUCCCAAGUGCUACGUCCACUUAUUGGCCUUUUAUCGACAAUUACUUGCAGAAGCACUUCUUAAAGACAGAAUUAAUAUGCAAAGUGCUGACCUCAUCUGUAACCCAGUGUUGGCAACGUUUUCAGAACUUGUGGAGCAAACUGAUAUUGUAGAUGCUUUAAGGAGUGUGUGGUCUGAGAAGGAAUUAACUGUGAAACGAUCUGAGAAGAGAGAUGAAGAAUUUAUGAGGAAUUUAUUUGUCCAAGUGUAUCAUGAUAGUGUAUACCCGCUUCUUCGUUCUUCAACUCUCCCAGCAAACAAAUGGGCUGACGAGGAAGUUGAAGUUAGCCGGUGGAAGGACAUUGCUAACUUUUUACAGCAAACCCAAGAGAAAAAUGGCUCACUUUACAGUCUACUUUCUCCAGAGCAUACCUAUCAUGUUUUUGAUAUUUCAGAAAUAAGCUAUGAUUUCUUGGGAGUGACUCAAAAAUCUACUUCAUCGACAGAGCCAUGAGGCCAACUAUAAAAUGAGAAUAGUAUUAUUUAAAGGUGGUCAUAAAAACAUUCAAUAAUUGUUUGGGAGAAAGGGACUGAAAAUAACCAAAGAUUGUUCUGUUAGAUUAUUCUUGUAAGCUUACUGAUAGUGCCUUAAUGCAUGAUUGUAAGUUGUCAAAGUUUUGUAGAGUUUUUCCCCCCUCUCAGAUCUGUGUUGGUAUUUCAGCAGGUACUGUAUGAUGGUCAUUUUUCCUGUAUCCUUUUGUACUUUUCAAAUCCUGAUUCAUUUCAUUUUAAAUUAUCUUGAAGCUUCUGCUGCAAUAGCUAUUAGUGGAACAUUUCAUAUAAGAAAUGGGCAGGAUUAGACAAUUUGCUCUUAAAACCUAUUUUGCUAUUCUUCAAAAUCAUACCUGAUCUACUUCAAUACCAUUUUCUGCACUGUUCCUAUAUUCAUUGAUUUCUGUAAUAUCCAGAAUUCUAUUGAUUUAUGUUUUGAAUGAUCUCUCUGACCUUCCAUUGCCGCUCAGUGUUCAUUGUUAGCAGGAUAUUUGGCCAUAAACCUUCCCAAAACUUUUCACUGAGGUAGGUCUUGGCCAUUGAGGUGAGGGAUGUCAGCAAUAAUGAUGGCAAGUAAGGUGGAUGCAGUGAUACAGCCCUGACUGACUACUGUUUUGAAAGUGAAGGAUUUCGAUUCAGCACCACAGUUGCUGAGAGUUGUGGCUGACAUGUCAUCCUGCUAUAGCCUCAGUAUUUGUAAGUACUUGUCAGGUCAGCCACGUCUUGUUAGUAUACACCAGAGCACUUGGCAGUCUAUGGCUUUGCCAUAUAUAUAUGAAAGCCACGUACAAGGGUUGCCUUUGUGCUCAGCAUCUUCCCUGUAAUUGGUGUGCUAUGAAGAUCAUACCUGUGGUAUCUCUAGAUGGGGAGAAACUAAUUGUGAUUCAGAAACCAAAUAGCUGAAGGAGUUGGUUGACAAGGAUACAUGCAAGCAUUUUGCCUGUUAUUGAAGGAAGGAGAUGCCUCUGUAAAUACCAUGAUUGGAUAUGGUCACUGUUAUAGAAUCCCUGAGCUCUGAGGACAGUUGUUCAUUUUCCCAGAUCUUCAGGAGCAAAGCAUGUUGGUGGUGCAGGAUUGGUGGUCCACCUUUCAUAAGGAUCUCUGCUGGGAUCUCAUCAGGACCAGUGGCUUUGUGGCUUUUCAGGCUGCUAAUGGAAUCAUGGAUGUAAUUCAUACAGGGAGGUUCCCCCCUCCCCCCCCCCCCCCCCCUAUCUUCUCUCACAGGCCUCUAGGGGAUUUGGUUAGUAACCCCUGGUUAGCAGUGCUGUUGCUGUUAAGAAGAUCUUGAAGCUUUUUCCAUUGAUUAUCGAUAUCCUUCUGAUCCUUUAGCAAUUCUUCCCAUCUUCUGAGCACAGGGGGUUUAAUCCGAAGUUACUUAGACCAUAGACAGUUUGGUGGUACUGAAGAAGUCUCUGGGGUUACCAGAGAUUGCCAGUCACUGGAUUUCCAGGGCUUUCUCAGUCCACCAAGAAAUCGUUAGCUCCCUCACCCUCAGCUGGACAUUUGCCUUGGCUCUGGAGUAAGCUUUUCUUUUGGCUUUGCUGUUGAUGUCAUUCUGGCGGGCACAAAAGGCUUUUCUUGGAGAUAAGUUGUUCUGUUUCCAUGUUGUUAUGAUCAAACCAAUCCUGAUACUUUCUGGACCCAAUAAUGUUUUUGCAACUAUCGAGGGUUGUGGAUUUAAGCUCACCCUGAUAUUCUUUGAUAUCCUCUGGAUAUUCUUGUUGGAGGAUUUCACCAAACAAGGCCUGAAGGUGCUGUUGGGUGGCUGUAUCAAGCAGUGUCUUGUGUUUUAGCCUUGGCUUGGUCUAUUUCUUAUGAACCCUCCUCAGGCAAUGAUCCACCCAGCAGUCAUCUGUGUGCCAAUUGUGGUCCGUGUAUUCACGUCAUGGCGGUCUCUAGAUCAGACAGUGACAUAGUCAAUGAGAUCCCACUGUUUUGAUCAGGGGUGAAGUGUGCAGUGAACUUCUAUUGUAGUAGAUGUAGGCAAAACAGCAGUUUUUUUUUGCAUAUUUAACUACACUGCCAUUGGAUUGCUUGUGUAAAACUGGAGCCAGUCUACUGCUGUACGUGGGCUUAGGUUUGUAACCGCACACAAUAAUACAGUUAGUUAUGUUGUAUGACUGAGCAGUACCGUACGGAGAAAUCUUAUUACAAAAUUCAGAUAAUACUUCUUGGUUUAGAGAGGCCUUUAGAACUCUUGUGUUUAUAUUUACACAAAAGAUAAUUUUGCUGCCAUAGUUUACAUUGACUGGGUGUGCAAAAAUUAUGGUAGUUAUUAUUUCAAUCACUUCAUCUUAAAAGUGUAUAUUUGUACAGUUGAUUUUUUUAACCAUAUUAUGAAGAUACUUUCUAUACUUAGAUCAGUGAGGGCUGGUCUUUUAAGGAUUGUUAUAAAAUUAUUAUAAUUAAAGUUAACUUAUUUGGCAGAAAAUAUGAUUUGUAUCCUUAAAACAAAGGAACUGUGUAAUGAUUUGAGUUAAUAUAGUGUAUAGUGACAUAGUACUGCAUAGCUAGGAAGAACAUUUUUUAGCUUGGAAACCCGAAGUGGAAAGUGGACUAUUAUUUGUCUAUGAAUCUGCAAGUUGUAUUUUAUCAGUGUAAUUAACUAAUCCUUUUCCAGUUUUUCACUCCAGUCUCUCAGCAAAAUAAUACAGUCUGAUGUCUAAUCUUUU